AUCACCAUGGAGAAGUACAGCCGCUGGUCCGACUUGACGACGGGAAUCAACCCGUUUGUGCCUCCGCCGCAUCAACUGCCGAAGAACGUGGUCCUGCGAUGGACUCAACUCUUCCUUGGCGGCAUUUUGUCACUGUGUCGAUGGAUCGUGCUCGUUCCGCUCCUGAUGUUGCUUGUUGUCGUCACCUCCAUCCACGCAGUGUUGGACUAUGUGCCGAUUCUCGGACGUAUCUUCCAUCGAUGGACGGACUCGAUUGUCUUGGGCCUGAUCCUCAUCGUCACGACGGUGUUCAUCAAGGACGAGGCUGCAAACGCGAAACGUUUGGGGUUGCUCGCCCCUGGCACGAAGCCGCCGACUCUGAGCGGCAUCCAGGCCGGCGACGUCAUCGUCACCAACCACACGUCCGUCUUCGACGUGCUGUACCUUGGAUUCCGGUACUCUCCAACGUUUGUGUUCCCGUGUGCUUCGGACGCAUCCAAGGGUGUUGUGCAAAGCUUUGGGCUGCUGGGAGCGAUCGCUCAAGCGCUUGCCCCUCCUUUGGCGACUGUCUCCAAUCCUCUCAAGCUCCAAGACGUCAUUCGGCAAGCGUCUGGCCCCGUCGUCAUCUUCCCCGAGGGAACUCGAAGCAAUGGGAAAGCGGUGCUGUCGUUCCUUCCCGUCUUGGAUGCAUUACCGUCGUCGACUCGUAUUCACCUCGUCGCCAUUCGGUAUGAGUACAAAGCCAUUGCACCGACACACACGUGUGGCUCGGCCGUGUGGCACCUCUGCCGCCUCUUCUCGCACGUGUACCACACGAUCAAGGUGACGACGUUGCCGUGUGAAUUGGUCGCCAAGGGCUCGACGCCCCAGCAACUCCAGGCGCUCCUGGCGUCCAUGCUCCGCACGAAGGGAGUUGAGCUGUCGUGCGACGACUUUAUCUCGUUCAACGCGUACUGGGCGCAUGUCAACCGCGGCGGACGCCAACCCGCGUCCGAUUUCACGCCGCGGAAGGCGCCGCACGAACACGCACAAUGGACGAGAUCCGACAAGUAGAUGUCGCGCGAUAACUCGUCUUCCUUUCGACAUGUCUAGUGGUAUCGGUGCCGCUGGCAGUGGUGCCGUUCAACACACCACGUCGUGCCCAUGCACGACCUGCAUGUCCGACGUCGAAACACGCGGCGGCGGCGGGACACUACACAGAACGACGGGUCGCUGGCGAGUCCUGUCAGCCAUC